AUGGCCAAUGUUGAGAAAGCCAUGAGAGACUUUGAGAGGCACCCAAUAGCAGAAUGUCUUUCCAAAAGAAAGGAGAUGAUAAAAGGCAAGCAACAUUUGGAGAAGACCUUGCUGGAAAGCAAGUUCCAUAGUGAGAAUAUCACCAUUGUGCACGAUACUGUUCAGACAUUAAUAUUCAGGAUAAAUGCUAGCAAUUUCAGAGGACUGUUUAUCAAUAGUGACAACUUAAAGCGCAAUGCUUCAGUGAGGACCCCAACCCGUCAUUCUAUGUAUUUCCCUGAUGUGCUUACAGAGACUGUCAAGGGCAAACAUGUGCAACAGGAGAUGCAACUGGUCUGCAUUUACCUGAAAGCGUCUUGCCUCUUCCAGGAUGAGAAGAACAGCUCUCUACUGAAUGAUGACAUCUUAGGGGCAACACUUGGGAACACCAGCAUUGCUAACCUCCGUCAACCAGUGGAGAUCCGGUUUUGGCACAACUAUACACUGGCCAGUUCCAAUAUGACCUGCGUCUUUUGGUUAGAAGGAACAGAAGCGGACGGCCUGGGGAGCUGGAGCCAGGAGGGCUGCAAAACUAACACCAGCCAGGAGGGCAUCGUUCUGUGCCAGUGCAGCCACCUCACCUAUUUUGCCGUCCUCCUGCAAAUCUCCCCAACCCCUGUGGAUGAAGCUUUACUGGUUCCUUUAAUCUACAUCACAGAUAUAGGCUGCAGUGUCUCAGCUUUGGCUUGUCUGAUCACCAUCUGCUUGUACGUUUUCUCAAGGAAAAUCCAGCAUGAUUCCACAACGAAAAUCCACAUGAACCUCCUGGGGGCCCUCUUCUUUCUUAAUAUGUCGUUCCUGAUGGGCAAAUUCCUGGCAUUCAUUAAACCCCCAUGGCUGUGUGCAGUCGCUGCGGUCUUCCUCCACUACUCACUGCUCUCUUGCUUGACCUGGAUGGCUAUUGAAGGCUUCCAUCUCUACAUGCUCGUGAUCAGAGUUUACAACUCGUAUAUAAGGCGCUACCUCCUUAAGCUCUGUUCUGUUGGAUGGGGGUUCCCCGGCUUAGCAGUGUUGGCAAUCGUCCUGAUCAAGAACAAUAGUUAUGGUGCCCACUUUGUCAAAACCAGCUCUGAUCGCAGCAGCAGCGCCAUGUGCUGGAUCACAGCCCCUGUGAUAAACCACAUCAACUUGAUUUACUUCAGUGCCACCAUCCUCUUCAACAUGGCUGUCCUGGCUGUGGUAGUUUGGAAGGUCAGGCAGCUCAAAGCCAACCCUCUUCGUCAGCGGAAAGAGCACUCCUGCAAGGACCUGGUGACAGUCCUCGGGCUGACAUGUCUCCUGGGUGCCACCUGGACAUCGGUUUUCAUCUCCUUUGGGGUGUUCUCAAUCCUACAGAUGUUUCUCUUCACUGUCCUCAGCUCACUUCAAGGGCUGUUCAUCUGCCUCUGGUAUUGCUUCUUGAGGUGCCAUUCCCAAGAAGGCACCUCAUGGCGAUCCUCCUUUCGUUCAUCUCAAUAACUGCAGCUCGACAUGACGUAUGAAGCCACUGGGCGAGAGGAGGCCAUCAGCUGCACUGAGAUGCGAAGAAACCAGGCUGCUGUUGCUAAUCCCUGCAGUGCACAAAUGACUGAGCCCAGUGGAGUGUUGUUAGAACUCCCUGAUGCAUUCUGAGCAGCCUACCUUUGCUCUUCACCCCAUUUCUCUCUCAACAGCUCUUCUCAUCUCCAUCUCCUCCC